AGUGUUAUAAAAGCCAAAUGGGAACAAUCACAACCAUAUAUCUCUCUAAAUUCACUAUCUGUCUCUCAAACCAACCUUCACUUCUCUAUCUCACUCAAGACAGAAAAUGGAUUCACCAACAUCACCUAGUACACAAGACCUUAACCUCAACAACCUCAAACCACUCAAAAUCUUAGGCAAAGGAGCAAUGGGAACCGUUUUCCUCAUCCAACAAAACAACAACGUUAACACCACCAUGGCACUCAAGGUAGUCGAUAAAUCCUCCACACAUCAAGCCGAACGUCGAGCCCGUUGGGAGAUCGACGUCUUAUCAACUUUAUCACAUCCAUUUCUCCCUUCCUUCCUGGGCAACUUUGAAACGGCUCAGUUAAUCGGAUGGGCCGUUCCAUAUUGCCCAGGAGGUGAUCUAAACGCGCUCCGUUACCAACAAACGGACCGCGUCUUCUCAAUAACAGCAAUCCAUUUCUACAUAGCAGAGAUUCUCUGCGCUCUUCAACAUCUUCAUACCAUGGGCAUAGCUUAUCGUGACCUUAAACCUGAAAACGUUCUUAUUCAACAAUCUGGCCACGUCACCUUAACUGAUUUCGAUCUCUCACGUAAACUUUCACACAAAACAGUUAGAACUUUAACCGUUGAAGAUAACAGAAUCCACGAAUCUCAACGCAAAACUCGGCGAUGGAGAAUUCCACUCAAUCGUCGAAUUAGUCCGGUGAGUCGUCGUGGAUUGAGUUUCUCCGACGGUGAAAAGUCUAACUCGUUUGUUGGCACAGCAGAGUACGUCGCCCCGGAAGUAAUCCGCGGCGAAGGACAUGAAUUUGCAGUUGAUUUUUGGGCUCUUGGAAUUUUAAGCUACGAGAUGCUGUAUGGGAAAACACCGUUUAAAGGGAAGAACAAGAAAGAAACUUUUUCAAACGUGCUUUUCAAGAAGCUUGAAUUUUUUGGAAGGAAAACGGCGUUAACGGAUUUGAUCGAACGGUUGUUAGAGAAGGAUCCGUUGAAGCGUUUGGGUUAUGUUGGUGGUGCUGAAGAGAUAAAAGAGCAUGAGUUUUUUAGAGGGGUAAAAUGGGAAAUGCUGACGGAGGUGGAACGGCCACCGUUUAUUCCGUCGAGAGGAGAUGACGGAUAUUUGAAGGCGGGGGAAUUCGGUGAUGGAUUGGAUAUAAGUGAUUAUUUUGAAAAGCUGAAAUUGCCGUCGUCGCCGUUACGGUCACCGUCUUCUGAGUUUGAGAAUAGUGUUUCUUUUGAUGAGUUCUGACACACACGUGUGAGGUUUUGCUCGUGUGAUGAGACGGAGUUAGUUAUUCUUUUCUUGUGACUGAAAAUUCUGUUUGCAGAAGUACAUAGACAAUAACGGUAGGACGUGUAGAAGCUGCGUCUGCGUUGGUGUAAUAAUUUUACUUGAAUUUUGUGGUCACAAAAUUAUGCAUAUUAGUACAAAAUACGUAUAUAGAAUUGUACAAUACUACUGUUUAUACUUUAACAUUUUUUGAUGUGUUUUCUAUA